AUGGAAUUUGUUGAGGCUAAUGGUAGAUCAGGAGGGUUGUUAAGUUUCUGGGACCCGAAUGUUUUCCGGAUGAUGGGGGUUAAUAAGCACAAACAUUAUCUCUUGUUUAAGAGGCAUUUGUUAGGUAACAAUCAAGAGAUUAAUAUUAUCAACGUUUAUGCUCCUCAUAGGGUUGCGGAGAAAAAAGUUUUAUGGUCCAGCCUUAGGGAGGUCAUCGGUGCAGGGUCAGGGCAACGGGUUAUUCUUGGGGAUUUUAACGCGGUUAGAAGCUCGGAAGAGAGGAGGAAUUCUGGGUUUAAUAGAGCUAGUGUAGCCGAUUUAAAUGAGUUCGUGGCUUUGUCUGGCUUGGUUGAGUAUUGUAUGAGGGGCCGCAGUUUUACAUACCUUGCACCUAAUUCCAACAAAAUUAGCAAGAUCGAUCGGAUUCUAGUUUGUAACCGAUUCUUUGAGGCUUGGCCAGAUGCGUGCUUAAGGGCGUUACCCCGUUUACAUUCCGAUCAUUGCCCGUUAAUUUUGGUAACUAGUCGGUUUAAUUACGGGCCUAAGCCUUUCAAGUUCUUCAACUCUUGGAUGGGGAAGGAAGGUUUUGAAAGUGUGGUGGAGACGGCGGCUGGGUCUUUCGUUAGCAGGGGAGGUCCGGCUGACGUGAAUCUUACUUUGAAACUCAAGCAUAUCAGGAAUAGUAUCAAAAGCUGGAUUAUUACCGAGUCGAGAAAAGCCAAGGAAGAUAUGCUUCGGGAUAAGGAAGAACUUGAAAAUUGGACAGUCUGA